UGCCCACAAAUAACCACAAGUGUAGACCGGAGCUCCAAUUACAGAAUCGUGCCCCUGCUCUGUCGCUCUCUCUGUCUCCCUGUAAUUUUUAAGGAAAAGAUAAGGAAAUUUCUGUUUUCUGAAUGACAAUAUGUGUAUACAGAAUUACAGAUAUGGAUAUACGCCUUCCGAGGUCUAUAGCGUUCUGUCUCUGUCGUAGAUCUCUCUCUGUCCCUGUAGCUCGUGUGUAGUGAGAUUAAUGCUGUGUAUAUAACAGAACUUGUGUGGUCCCUGUGGAGUCAUAUUCACAUUUUCAAUUUACUCAACGUACGUGGACAGAGAAGAUCUAGAGAGAGAGAGAGAGAGAAGAUGGAGGGCAGCGGCCGGGGGAGGAGAUCAUCGAGCAGAGAGAUGACCACAGGUACAACAAGAAGUCCAGAGAGGGCCAGAGUGGGAGGAGCAAGUGUAUUGAAGCCGACGAGGCCAGUGGUGGUGAUAAAGCCCACUUUCAGGAAAGUUCAAGUGGUGUAUUAUCUGUGUAGAAAUGGACUGCUUGAACACCCACAUUACAUGGAAGUUGCCCACCUCGCCCAUCAACCUCUUCGUUUGAAAGAUGUAAUGGAUCGACUCACAGUUCUCAGAGGCAAAGGCAUGCCCUCUCUCUAUUCCUGGUCUUGUAAAAGGAGCUACAAGAAUGGGUAUGUGUGGAAUGACCUGGGAGAGAAUGAUGUUAUCUACCCAUCAGAAGGAGCUGAAUACGUUCUCAAAGGCUCUGAACUCAUUCAACCCUGCACUGAAAAGUUCCAACAACUUCAAGUUAGCAACCUAUCACAAGAAGUCCCGGACCCCACAUUCCACAAAAAACGCAAGCCCGUGGCUACAAAACGACAGUGUGAUCAGCCAGAAGCGGACGUCAACUGUAGGUCUGAAGAAGAAGAAGAAGAAGAGGAGGAGGAAGGAGAUAAUGAUGAUGACAAUCAAGAUGGUGAUGAAGAAGGAGAAUAUGAAGACAAGAAGACAUGCUCUAUGACUAUGACCCCACCACCACAACAUGGCUCUCGUUGCUCUAGACGAGUUUCUGAGUUAACUCACAAGAACAAGAACACUUCAACUGAGCUGACUCUAGAUGACUCGUCUCCGCCCUCUACUACUUCUUCCACCAUCUCUGACAAGGCCCAUGACAACAACAAUGCGUCUAUGAGAUUUGAGGAUGGGGAUCCGAUUUCCUUCGAGUCAUCGCUGAGUCGCAACUCGGUACUACUCCAAUUCAUUUCGUGCGGCGGCUCGGCGUCGUUUCGCGCGAUGAAAACCGUGCCAGUCGUGAGCCAGCAGCGACCACCGUCGUGCACGGCCUCGAGGAAGAGCACCGGGAGCAAUCUUCACAAGGGGGUGUUGUGUAAGAGGGCGACAAAGGCGGAGGAGGAGGCGGAGAUGAUCAGUUGCAUGUCAGAGAAUCCCCGGUUCGGGAAUUUGCAAGCAGAAGAGAAAGAGUACUUCAGUGGGAGCAUUGUGGAGGAGCGAGCUCAGGUUGAACCUGUGGGGUUGAAGAGAUCAAAUUCAUACAAUGAAGAAAGGUGUUCUUCCAAGGCUGAAGUGGCUGAAACAGUGGAAUGUGAACCGAAGAGGGAGAAAGCUGGUGCUGCUGCUGUGACAGCAAAAUGCAUCCCAAGAAUGAAGUCGUCGUCGUCGAAACAAACCAAGAAAUAACCAAGCCAUAAGGGCAAAAAAUGACUCCAGUUGGAAGUCGAUGGAGUGAGUAGUUGGAAUACUAGUAUAUAACCCUAGUUAUGGACAGUGUAUUCUAUUGAUCAGGGGCCUUUAAUUUGUAGUAGUAAUUUAGGUGGUGAGAGCUGUUUUUGGUUGUGCUAGCAAAUGCCAAUUACUAUCAUCAGGUUGAAAAGGAUGGGGAUUUGAUUCUCUGUCCUCU